AUGUCUCAAAGACCUCGUCAACGUUCUAGAAGUCGUUCUCCAGUCCAAGGUAUGAAACUUCAUGUAAAAAACCUCCCAGUCCAAUACACUGAAGAAGCCCUACAACAAGUCUUCGAAGCCUACGGCGAAAUCAAGGAUAUCAAAAUUAUCCGAAAAGGCAAUAAUGGCCAGCCCCUUCGAGAAUGUGUCUAUGGUUUCAUAGUAAUGCCUUCUCCAGAAGUUGCUGAAAGGGCUAUGAAAGAAUUAAACGCCAAAGGUUGAAGCAUAAACUACAGCAAAGAAGCCCUCCAAAAACCACCAGCCCCAAUUCUCCCUCAAAUCCCUCAAUCAAUCCCUAAAGAUUACUAUUCCUACACAAGUAUUCCUCAAAUGAUCCCUCAAACCCCAAGAGUCUCUGACAUUAUGCCAGGUGACCAAUCUUUUCAACACAACGCACAAGCUACAAAUAUUAUGCUGCUUAAUAAUGCUAACCCUAAGCCAGGGCAGCCUAUGGACCGAGGGAUGCUAGAAAGGCUACUCAGUGAGCAUCAGCCUUCGGCUUUUAAUAUUUCGGGCGUCCCUGAACAUUUUAAAGGAUUUUUCUUAGUCAGAGAAGUAUGGAUUGGGAACAUUUCGCCUGCGACUGAUAAGCAGCUAUUGUAUGAUGCUUUUAAAGCAUAUGGGGAUAUAGAAGGCAUAGAAAUGUUUUCGUCCAAAGGCUUUGCAUUUAUUAAGUACCGCAAAGUGGUAGCUGCAACAAGAGCUUAUGAAAGAGCAGAUGGGACAUUGGUAGAUGGCCGGCCUGUAAAGGUAGCUUUUGCCGACCCUACACGCCGAAUUGAUAUAGUGGGAGACUCUUUGAUACCUGAAAACCCGAAUUUUAACCCCAUUGAUGACGAGCAUUUCAAAAACUUAUUUUUAGGGUAUCCACCAGGCGCUACAGUUCCGCCUGAGCAUGUGCUGAGGGAAGUAUUUUCCCGAUAUGGAAGAGUAAAACGAAUUUCUAUACGCCAGGCUACAUCAAAUUCUCGUCCCUAUGCUUUUGUUGAUUUUGAAAGAGGUGAUCAAGCAUCAGAAGCAAGAAAACAUUUAUAUAUUGAAGAUUUUGAUGGCUCCCGUAGACGAGAAUUAUACUUUCUAUAUAUAAAAUACUUUGCCAAUUUUAUUAAUAAUGGCCUAUUUUAAGCAUAUGAAAUAAUUUAUUUUAAAAGGUAUAGGCGACUCUGGAGUCGAAAUUUCUUUUAAAAAUACAAAUAACAUCGUAUCUAAAAAUGGAACCAAAAAUGGAGUACGAUAUCAAGACAAGUCUGGAAAGGAAGAAAUAUCAGAUAUAGCUAAAAAACUAAUGGAACAGCCAGCAGCUUUACAAAACUUAUUAAGAUUUCAAACUAUGUUUUCUAUGGGUGGGCAGCCACAAAUGUUUCCUAAUAUGACAACACAAUAUCCUAAUCUUAAUAUGCAGCCAUAUCCUAAUACAAGCCCAGCACCUAGCUCAUCUGGAAGUCCAGCAGCUAAAGUAUCAAGUAAAGAGCAAGUUCCUGAGCCAGAUGAUCCACAUCUUGGCUCUGUGAUUUGGUCUGGCUUUAUGACUAGAAGUAAAAAUUAUAGGGUAGGAAUUGAUGCUACUUUAGUUAAAGGAAAAUCUGAGUGUUUUCCAUCUACUCUUUACCAUAUUAAUAUUUCACAUAGAGUAUAUCAUAAUUACUAAAUAAUGAAAAAUUAUUAAUUAUUUAAAAUAAUAAUCCAGUUAAGGAAUAUAGCAUAGCUUUUCAAGAAAUUUUUAAAUUUUAUCAAUUAGCACUUGUUACCUUUGAAGCGUCUAAUGAAACGCAACAAGAGGUAUUUAAAGAAUAUGUUAAUUAUUUUUCUCAAAAACAAAGGGCUGGAUAUAUUCAAAUGAAAAAUUCAGUGCUUUAUAUAUGUCCGCCUAUUGAGGAAAUUAAAAAAAUAUAUCCUAAGCUUGAAGAUGGGCAGCUGUUAGGAGUGUUUGUAGAUCCGACAAAAAAAGCUGAAAAGCCUAAAGAUUCUAGUAAGAUACAAGAGCUUUUGGAUUUGCUUAAAAAUCAUGAUGUCAUCAAGCACUUUAAUAACAAACCUUCUGGACCGUCACCAAGUGAUCCAAGACUUGCACUAAAACAGCAAAAAUAA